ACAGUCCUUUGUAGGUGGUGGAGUUUUUUAUGCUGUGAACGUCCUUUAGCUGGCGAAGUUUUCACUUUUUGUCCUCUGUAUAUGGCUGUUUUUAUUUAGUAAAGCCAGGCUGACUCUAUCAAAAUACUAUAGUUUACUUCAGAAGAAAAUUAUAUUAUUAUUAUUGGUGUACAUUUAUGCAGCGCUUAAUCUAAUCAACACAAUUAUCCUAAAGCGCUUUACAUGUAAAACAAACUAAAACAAAGAAACUGAGGUAACUAAGAAUAGGCAAAACUAAAUGAGGUGGUUACUUCUGUUUUGUGUGACCGAUUGACAGGGGAUACCUACUCCUUCUAGGCACCUGAUCCAACCACUGGCGUUUCCAGGGGUCUGUUUUUGUCUUGUUUUCAAUUUUGUAUUCUUUAUGGGUUCUACGAGACUGGUCACUGUUCGUUAUAACUGUUUUAUUUCUGUUCGUUUUAUAAUCUAUAAUUACUCAUUCAAAAAUUUUACGACUUUGUCAUACGUGUUAUAUGUACCUUUUUAGAGUAUUUGCGUCAUAAAAAACCAAACAAAUUGAAGAAAAUAAAACACGCCAAAAAGUCUGCUGAGCAACGACUUUCGGCAUUGUUCAUCUUAAAGCGAAAUCAAUUAACCCCGUGGUUGGUGUUUUGAAAUCGAUUAUUUCCAUUGCCAUUUUGACUUGAACAAUUCAUACAGUUCUAGUACCGGAAGUGAAACGGUUCGCCACAACGACGGCCUUUCAUUGGAAUUUCUCAAAUUGGUGUUAGAAUGAGUUUUCUCAAACCAUAGAGACCCUUUAUCUAAAACUCACUGUAUUUGAAAUCAAUACAACAGUUUUGUAUCGAAGAAUACGGCGUUAGUUACGGAAAUGUUACGAUUCUGCAGUUUUCUUUACUGAAGAUUAUUGUUCAUUUUAGUUAUGAAUUUCGUGAUAUGUUUAUAGUCGGUCCCUCGUGGUAUUUGUAUUUUUGUGAUGUCAGAUAUGCUAUAAUCUAGAUUAUUUAUUUCUUGUGAGUAUGUCAUUUUUUCUGUAAUGAAAAAAUGCCAACGAAGAGUACAAUUUGGACAUAUCUAAAAUUCUUCGCAUUUUUCUGCUUAAAACCUUCUUUAAUAGUAAACAAUUAAUAAAACAGAUAAUUAUCUGAAUUUGUUACUCAUUUUUCUAUCGGUGACUGUUGAACUUGCGAGAAACGAUCUUUAAAUUCUAUAAUUAUCAGAUUAGAAACGUUUGGAAAUACACAGAUAAUACACAGAGUGCAUUUACGUUAAAUACAAAUGACUAAUUAUUUGCCCAAUCAACUUUAACAGUUCACGAUUGAAAAACUUGAAUAAACCCCCAAUCUUUUUUCACAAUAGAAAACAUUCGAUGAAUAGGUUCCUCGGCUUAGUGGAACUUAAGAGGCUGCCUUGGGGUUUUCAAAUUAAGAAUUUUAUGUAAUUUAGUUGAAAAGAUACCGGCACUCUUGAAAUGUGUAUAAUUAUGCUUGUAUGUAUAAACUGAUGUUCAAAAUUACACGAAACUUCAAACGACAGACCAGUAGGAAUAAGAAGAAUCUCCCUUCAGCAUGCUUACUCCCCUCUUUUCGUCUUUAUAUAGUGUUUUCUACAGGUCUGCACAGAGGUAAUGUAUUAUUCCUUAGGCAAAAAUGUACGAUGAAACCGUCUACGGAAUUCUGGGAACGGGUAGGAGCUAAAGUGGGUCUAUUUCAACGACGGGACCUCGACCACUGGAUCCAAUUGUUACAAAGAGAAAAAAAAAAAAAGAGAAAAAAAAGGGAAUCCCCAUGCAUUAUAUUACGAUAAACUAAAGGUCUAAGAGAGUUUAUUCUUCGAGAUUUACUUCUCUCAAUAAAAUCUAUAGAUAUUGACGAGUAUGGUAUAUUCAUUAUUCCAAAAGCAUUUUUAAAAAAAUAAAUAAAAAAGAUUUGUCUUGUUUAGCUGCAAGCGAUCCUAACGAUCAUAGAUAAUGUUUGGUUGAUUUCCACCGAGAAUUGUCGCCAAUGCUCGGGUUGUUUUUCUUGUAUAUUUUAUGAGUUGUUCGUUGCGUAUCUUCAGAUGCUAUAUGCAUUUGAACUGUCUUUCAACUUUGCUCGUUAAUGCGGUUGUAGAUUUUUAAAUGCCAUCGAUUUAAAUUUUCCCCUCGACAGGUCCUCAGUGCGUUUACUUUGCGUUAAGGAAAUAUUUGUAUGAGCAUUACUAGGCAUUACUGCAUGCAAUUUGAUCUGAUAUAAGGAACUUUUAGUGACAAUAUCAACUCCAGUGGCUUAUGGGCCUCAGUCCCGCGAUUAACAACACUGAUUCACUGGUUAGCGACACCGACAGAAUUGUUUUUUGGUAUGUCGUAAACAUUCUUAACGACAAACGUCUAUCAAGAAGGUGACUUGCUCCGUUUCUUCAACCAGGAAUAUUUUAUAUCAGAUCAGUGGUAUUGAUGUAUUGAAAAAGGAGCGAAGGUUUAUUUUUCUUUGAGGUGUUUUAAUUGGACGAUGGAUAUCUGUGAAGAAACACGCUUCCUUAAAUUCGGAGUCUUCUGACUUUUUGAAUGAUGGAUUUGUAAAUUAUAAAACCCUAAAAGAACUUUACAAAUUACUUGAGGAUAUUUCAUAGAUUCUGACAGACAAUGCCGGUAGCAACAAUACGGAAUGUAAAUUCGACCGCCAAAAAACGACCAUCUCCUCAGUAUCGUAAGUGCGAAAACAACAUGGUUUCCUCUAAAAAAUCUCGCCGCUCACCAGUAUCACGGUCGGAAAGUGGCGGAAGUAUGAAGAACAAGGAAAUUUCUAAUUCCUGUAGCGUUGCCAUAGGAACAAACAAAGAUUUCAUGGACGACGACUCACACCUGAAAGUCACAUAUACGCCCGGCAAAAAGGGCGGGAAUUUCGGACUUCCGCUCGGUGGUAAACUGAUUUUGCCGGAUGGGUUGUUUGGCAAAAAGGACACAAUUACAUGCCAAGUGGCUUCCCCUUCUCUGCGAUGGAAGUUUUACCCCACCCUUCCAUCUUACGAACAUAUUACCAGCGAAAUUUACACGCUGCAGUCAAGCAUGCAUCCGCUUAAGAAAACUGUCAUCGUACAAAUUCCUUAUUACCAAAUUGACACGGAGCAUAAUGAAAUCAACGUCAAAGGGAAAUGGAGUGACGAAAAUGAAUGGGUGGAUGUAGGGUUUUUAAAGAAGAGCGACUCCUCUGUUGAGUUGGAGGUGGACAGAUUAGGAAUAUUCAUCGUGACCUUUACUCCCAAAAAAGAACUUUUUGAUGUCACGCCACAGGGGUGCCUAUACAACGCACAUAUAAGUCGCUACAUCAGUGUGCGUUUUCCAAAGAAAGCACACGACAAACCAUUCCAGUGUGCAAUUCAGAUAUCUCCUAUUCCCACCGAUAAACUUCUACUUGCAAAGGAGCUAAGUCCAGGAGAAACAGCGGACCUCGUGCUGGCCACGGAGUUCAUAGACCUCAUUCCCAGCACCCCUUGCGUCUUCAAACGCGCUGUGUCGGUAAAGCUCCCUCUACCGACUGGAGUUGAAGUCGAGGAUGACAACAACGAUGAUAUAGCAGUACUGGCGAAAACGGAAACUGGUUGGGAAUUGGUGGAAUCAAAGUACAAAUUCACAAGGACGACUGUGACAUUUGAUACAAAAUCUCUCACAAAGUUUUGCGUCAUGCAGUCAAAACCAGACAGGAAAAAGCGACUGCCUCCCGCUGCACAAGUUUUAGAGAGUAGAAGCAACAGGGAAAAGGGUGAAAUUGUGGCCUUUUUAAAUCUUCAGGAAAAAUUGUGGUUUCUGAUUUUGGAAUGCAUGCCAUUAAGCAAGUUAGAGAGUCGUGCAAAGGAAAUGAGCGAGAAGGGUUUCAAAUACGUUGUGAAGGACAUCGUGAAGAGGGAAGAAACUACAAAUGUCUUUAGACAUCGAUCACAGAAAUUUCAGCAACCAGCAAAACAGUUGCAAGUCUCACCGACCUGUGAAAUUAACGAUGGAAUGAAAUGGGACUUUUCGGUGGUGGAUGACAUAAAAGUGAGCACAGAAAGUAACUAUAUGGAAAACAGAGAACUACACUAUUUCCGGUAUUUACCGGAAAGCUACCGACAGUUUGUUAUAGAACCGAAAACAAACGAAGAACGCGCAAUCAGUGGUGCAAUAAACCUCGACCCUGUUGGGAUUGAGGAUAACAAUCUCAGAGACAAUUGUACAUGUUCCAUUCAGAUUAAUAUUGAUGAAGAAACCGUCAAAGCUUAUUUCAAACCGGAAUUCGUACCGGAAGAGCCUGAGCCUAAGAAGGAGAAGGUCAAUUUCGACAUCUUGAAUACUCCAGUGUUCAAGGAAGAGAAACCGGAAGUUCCUGUGAUUCAGAAAUUCAAACCUCUCCCACCCAGCGUCAUGGAGAGACUGAUGAAAACUAGUCGAAAACCGAUUAUAAUUGAAAGAGAAUCGAAAGUUCUUUCGGGAAAGAGUCUGCGCAAUCUAUCUAAACUGGUUCCCGAGGGCCUGACCUUAGCAGUUCACCUUGACCUUCCAGACAGCACCAUUACCGGGCUCGGUUUCGAUGCCAUUUCCAACGGCUUGAGUAUGUCUGACGUCACAUACAAAAUACUUCUAUACUGGAAGCGGAUGUGCAAAGAUAAAAAAGACGGGGCCGUCAACUCUUUAACAAACGCACUGAGAGACAUGGGCCGGGAUGAGAUCGCAGAAAUUGUGUUCGAACGCCAUCGCGAUAACAAAGAACUGACACCGGAUGCAUUCUCUCCCUUGUUUACUCGGUACCAGUAAGAGAAUGCAUCAAGUUUGACUGAAAGAGCAAUAUUUAUUCUGAACAGUUUCAGACAUUAAAGUACCACACUGUAUUAUGAUAUAUCUAACAAAAUACUAGGCCCUCGUGCCCAUAUGCGUAAUUUAAAUGGUAUUUGCAUUUUCUUUUCAGCUGUGAUAAUAUUUUGUUAGUGGCCCGCCCAUUGUAGUUCAUUUACAUGUUUUGUAUUCUGUGAUUAUUUUUGUAGCAAACAUAUUUUGCAUGCAGCAUAUUACAAAUUUGAAAUAUAUAUAUGUUAUUAAAAGCUUAUUUCUU